UCCUGCGCCUUUUUGGAAGGCAAUUUAUAGACCGUAAUCCCUGUUCGGCAGCAUCCGCUAAUUUGCCAUUUACGGUUCAGCUGCGUGUUGAUUGGUGCCUUUAGGUUCUACGUUGAUGGUGUCUUUUGCCGAAGCAAUGGCAGUUUCUUUAGAAAAAUAAAUAAAUAUUUUUACAUAUGAUGCUUCAUAGCAGCAUCUGACAUGUCAGGUUGUUAGUCAGCUCGAAGCCAUACACAGGCCGUAUGGUGCGGGCCUGAACGUUUUGGACAAAAAAGAAAUUAUAGAUUCGCUCUUCCACGGGUCAUUUAAAGCUUUUUAAAUCAAUGCUGGUAUUUCUGGCCCAGUCAGUAGACUUUGUUGCUGAGACACACAGAGGCAGGGAGAAUGGAUGGCGGUCUGCCAGGGACGAAUUCACGGGGCUGCUGGCGUUGUGCUCGUCAGGGUGAUGGCGAGAGAAGACGACAGGGCAAAUUCCAGCCGUUCAGACGGCUCUUCGGGAAGAAGAAGAAACGGGAAACUAAAAGGAGCUUUGAUGGAGCAGAGCUAAAAGCAAGUUUUUCAACCGGGGAAGUGUGCAGUGGAGCUGUGUCCGACAAUGAUGAGUCUAGUGAAAAUCUGAGGGACUUAAAUCCCAUCGGAUCUCGAGCUCUCUCCCACGACAGCAUCUUUAUCCCAGAGGAGCCGCCGGAGGAACUCGGUCUGGACCACAGCAUGUCCCAGGAAAACGUUUCGGAUAAAGUUAGGAACCUUCAGAGGCAGAUCGCACAAGGUAUAAAGUUCGGUCAGAGGCCUCCUUCUCUUCGAAAAAAUGAGGGAGACGAGGGAAGCUCGGAUGAGGAAGAGGUUCCCCGAAGCCCUCUGAAGGUUUUGGCCCAGGUAGAAGCUGAGCCGCCCAAAAUGGAACCAAAGGUCCAAGGAGCUCAAUCAUCUGCUCAGCACAGCACUCCAGUGAAGUCCCCGAGGUCCAAACGGGUCCUCCCACCAACCGGUACCAUUGAGUCCAUCAAUCUAGAUGCCGUCCCCCAGUCUGUCACUCGCCUGGACAACACCGCCGCCAAGCAUAAGCUCUCCGUCAAACCGAAAAACCAGAGGAUUUCCCGCAAACACCGGCGGUUCACACUGGAUCUCCAGGAGGUGUCUAUUCCUGGAGUCAUGCAGGAGGAGCUGGAAGCAGCCGACCAGCGCAGAGCAUCUCUGGAGUCCUCCAAGGAAAGCUUGAAGAAGCAGAGAUUCUAUGAGGAGGAAAUACUGGAGGCCAGGAGAACGAGGGAGAUGGAGGAGAAACAGUUCAGAGAGGAAAUGGAGGAGAGGAAGAAGAAGGCGGAGGAACUGAGGAUGCGUGAACAGGAGGAAGAGAGGAGUCGCAAAAAGCAACAGGAGGAACAAGAGAAGAGAAUGCGAGAGGAGGCAGAGAGGAGGAGGAAAGAAGAGGAGGAACAAAAGAGAGUCAGAGAAGAAGAGGAAAAAUGUAAGCAAGAAGAGGCUGCGAGACAAAGAGAGGAGGAAGAUAGAAGAAUGAAAGAAGAGGAAGAACAGAGGAGGCGCAAGGAGGCUGAAAGAAGAAAAAGGGAGGAGGAGGAAAGAAAGAUGAGGGAGGAAACAGAGAGGCUGAGGAGAGAGGAUGAGGAAAGAAGGAUCAGGGAAGAGGAAGAAAAGAGGAAGCAGGAGGAGGAAAGGAGAAAGCAAGAAGAGCGUCAAUGGCGAGAGGAAGAAGAUAGGAGGCGACUGGAAGAGCAAAAGCAAAUGGAGGAAGAAAAGAGGAAGCGAGAAGAGGAGGAGGCAAGGAGGCAACGGGAACUUGAGGCAGAGAAGCGCAAAAAGCAGGAAGCGGAAAGGAAGAAAAAAGAGGAGCAGAAACUGAGGCUGAGGGAGACAGAGCAAAAGAAACAGCUGGAAUUGGAGGAGCAGAAGAAGAUGCUGGCCAAAGAGGAAGCUGGGGGCACUGACGAACAAGAGAGGAAGCGGCGAGCCGAGGAGCAGCGCUGGAGGGAGAUGGAAGAGCGACAGAGACCCUUUUCUUUCAAGGUUUCCUCUGGAGAGAAACAGAUUCUCUUCCAGAAGGUAAAUCUGACCCCUGUUACACCAGCCGCCAGCCAUCAGGGAACUGUGGACGCUGAUCAAAGGGAAAGAGCCACGGCUUCCUCCCAGGAAGGAAAAGACUCCCCCAACCUGCCGGCAUCUCCAUAUGUCCCCCACACAGCUAUCCUAGUGACAGGCGCCCAGCUCUGUGGGACAGCUGUCAAUUUAGACCAGAUCAAAGACACAGCAUGCAAGUCUCUACUGGGUUUGGGAGAGGAAAGAAAGGCCCAAGGAACAUCUUCUGCAACGGGCAAGAGCUCGCCGGACCGCAAAUCUGGAAAAACCAAGUCUCUCAGUGAGUCUUCGGUCUCCCCGGAUGAGUCGAGCGCAGCCGUGCUGGCGGAGUGGGCAAGUAUCCGCUCAAAAAUAUUUAAGGGGGUCGAGGAUGGGAAAUACGAUGAGUACCCAGAUCCUCCGAGCAGGAAUCAGCCUCAGCUCAGCGGCGACGAGCUCUCUCUGUUUGCUCACGCCAACCUCAGAAAAACAAUGUCCGCCAGUGCCAAGUUCUCCAUCAUCCCUGCAAAGAAGAAGUUUGGUGACUCAAACAGAAACUCUGAUGCUUUCAGCGCAGAUCAUAAGGAUGGAGGAGGAGAGGAAGCUGCUCGAUCUGACAGUCCUACAGCUGCGUCCCAAUCUCCAACAGUUAAACCUCACACUCGGACAAGCAAAACUGUUCGGAUUGUAGAGAGAGGCUCAGAGGAGUGCAUGUUUGCCAAAGACCUCCCGUCUUUUCUGGUUCCCAGCCCCGGGGACAGACCCGAGGGCUCCGAAGUAAAGAGCCGGCUUCAGAACAAGACAGAGGAGGGGGAGAUGCAGGGACAGGACAGUGAGGACAACCCCUCACCUUUCGGAAUAAAGCUGAGAAGGACAAACUACUCUCUUCGUUUCCACAGCGAACAGUCCGCAGAGAAACGGAAGAAACGCUACAGCGCUGGAGACAGUUUCGAUGGCGUCCCUUCACCUCUCACUCCAAUCGAGCCAGACUCUGAUGCCUCCUCCGUCUUUUCUGACAAAUCAAGUCCCACAUCGCCUCAGAAAGAGGGAGUAUUGAGCAAGUAUCUUCAUGCAUCUGCAUCUCCUGCCAUAACCCGGGGUAAGCUAGGCAAACCUACUAGCCCCGUCCCACACAACGAAGGAGAGAAAGUCCUAUCCAAACCACCGCUCUACAGAAGACCAACAACAUCGCCCAAACCCUCCGGAGUCACCCCAACGCCUCCUCCUUCUCCGCUACCUAAAGUAGCCCACGGGUUUCCCGGUGAGGAAGCGAUCCAGAGGACGGGGAGCCCGGAUCUAUCCGUCCAGGAGCAAGCUAGUAGAAGCGAAGACCCAUCUGCAAUGACUCAGUUGCACAGAGGCAGCCACAGUAAUGUCCAUUUAGAGGAGGAGCCAAAGGAGAAGAGGUCUUUCUUUCCCUCUAUCAACAUCCCUUGGAGAGAGAAGGCAGACAGGAAGGCAGAGCUCAUCAGGCGAGAAAAACCUUCCUUACAGGCCAGGCACUCACUGGACAGCGCAAGAGUCCAGGAGAAGGAAGCCGGGCCCUUAUGGAUCACCCUGGCCCUGCAGAAGCAGAAAGGCUUCAGGGAGCAACAGCAGACUCGUGAGGAUCGUCGAAGCCAAAGAGAGGCCAAGUUAGCAGAGAAGCAUGCCAGAGAGAAAGACGGUCUUGCACUGGUGAGUCCUACAGACGGGAGAGAGAGCAGGGGAACCAGUCCUUCCUCCAAGCCUCAGACUCCCGAGGAGCCCAAAAGACCCGACAGCCUGCUGGGACGAUUCGAGCGCAGAGAUCCGCUAAAAAAGGCCAGCACAUUACCGAGCUCAGUCACAGUUGAAAUCUCAGACUCCACGCCGUCGCCUCCUGCUGUCAAGGACGUGUCAAAGCGAUUCCCCUCCAGCGACUCUCCCCAGGUGUCCACAGAGCCGGCCUGGCUGGCCCUAGCGAAACGAAAGGCCAAAGCCUGGAGCGACUGUCCACAGAUCAUCAAAUAAGCUCCACCCGAUGCCAGUUGAACGCGGCAUGCAUGGGGGAACGCACACAACCCACGGAGCCUGAGGACGACUUUCUCCCAUCCACAUGAAAACUCCUCAUUGAAACAUCACUGGCUGCUAUAACCACCAUGUUAAAGUGCGCUUCACAUUCAAAAAUUACCAAUAAGGCUGCGCAGAUAUAUGUAAACAGAUGAGAGCAUGCAUAUAAUGUAUCCAGUCACACCAAUUGUACGUCCCCUAAAGUCAGAGUCCUCAGCAGCCAAUCACAGCCAUGGCUGACCACCACAGUAGCCAACUUUUUUUAAAUUUUUUUUUUUGUACCUUAGGAGCCAACUGGGUCACCGUGGUUGUAAUAAAUUGUGUGCUCGACACAAUCUCUGUGCUCCGAGGAACAGCAGCGCUUAAUCAGCAGAGGGUAUCCGUCUGAAUCAUGUUUUAAGGGCUACCAGUAAAAAAAAUAAGAAGAGAGAGAGAGAAAAAUGACAACCCAGCAUGGCCGCUCCUCUGGAAAAGCUCUUUACAGGCACCUCCUCUGCCCUCUUCCGCAUUAUUUAUGUACAGAAGCAGAUUUCUCUACACUGAAACUGUAUUGUAGCGUUCCUCUGAGCCUUGUUUGUUGUGUAAGGAGGGAAUCUUGUGCUUUUUGUUAGGUUUUUUUUUUUUUCCAAGUCAUACUGGAAAUAAUAAAUCUCACUGUGUCCGUGAUGACUGUGACAGAACAACAAACUGGACUCGAAACGCGGCAUGGAGGACGUUAAGCGCUGCGUCUGUGUGAAAAUGGACUUUGGAGACAAACCUAACACCUGCUACAAUUCUUCUGGCAUGUCCUCCUGUAGACUCACACCGCCACUACUCCUUCAUUGGGACCCGAUCUCACAACAUAGGAGCAUUUCCCGUAUGACACAGCAAAACCUCUUUGCCCCCAUCAUCUGUAAGUAUGUAUUUGCUCUGAAAGAGACCCAGGAACCUGAGUCACUUUGUUUCUAACUUUGGUCGUACACAAUAGUGUAGUGUACGCAGUGUUAUCUGUAACAACAACAAAAAAAAUGUUUGGUAUUAUUUGCACUUUUUGUCCCACUUAGAGAUAUUCACGAGAAAGUUCUUUAACAGAUCCAAAAUGUUAUUAAUAAUGUAAAUUAAAUACUGAUGUCUGAACCGAGCUAACAGACUGCUGUGUUUAUUGCAAAAUAACAGCCGGUUUUCAGUAGAAAAUAUAUUAUUCCUUCAUACAGAGGGUCUGGCUCCAGGCUACUGAGAAACCAUUGGACUCUGUUGAAGUUUUACAUUUAACCCAAUCGCUAAUGUUUGCCUGUGACGUAUGUAAGGCACCGGUUUGACGCGGUGAAGCUUACCGGAAAUUGCAGGUAUUCUGUAAACAACCAUCGUCCGCUGCCAAGAGAGAAGUGCUGAUCCCAACAAGGUGGCUCUGAACUGUAAUAAACAUUUGGAAGUGUAGCCAACACGGACUGAACGGCUUUGUUCACUUCCUCCGCUGCUAAAACUACAGGCAGGCUAAAAUCCUAAAACAGUGCAGAAGAAUCACUGUUCUCGUUCACAAGUUCUCCUGUUAGCUGAUUGGCCCAGUUGAAAUGCAACAGAAAUCAACUUCUAUGGGAGAAAGCACAGGCGGAGCCGGAAAGGCAGAUUUGAAUCGAGCGGAAUUGCGUAGGGAAGCAAUGUCGAGGCUAAUUUUUAUGUGGCAAAUUUAAUUGUAGGUGUAGCAGAGUAAUAGAAAACCAACAGAUGUACACAGACAAAGUUGUUGGUACCCCUCUGUGAAUGGUCACUGAAAUAACUUGAAACUGACAAAAGUAAUAAAUACAAUUUUACUUAAAAUUAACCAAUUAAAAUCAGACAUCGCUUUUGAAUUGUGGUUCAACAGAAUCUUUUUUUUUUUUUUUUUCAAAAAACCUAAUGAAUAAAAUUGUGUCCAUCUGUGUAAAACAAAUGCUGCCAAUAUUCGAUCAGUUAUAAGAUACAGAGUAAUCCAUACUGUAACAAUUACAGGAAGCCAAGGUGAAGCCUAUCAGAGCACAUGA